CUGCUCUGCUGAGGAACCUGCUCUGCUGUGCUGAGGGUCCUGCUCUGCUGAGGAACCUGCUCUGCUGUGCUGAGGGUCCUGCUCUGCUCUGCUGAGGAACCUGCUCUGCUCUACUGAGGGACUUGCUCUGCUGAGGAACCUGUUCUGCUGUGCUGAGGGUCCUGCUCUGCGGAGGGACCUGCUCUGCUGAGGAACCUGUUCUGCUGAGGGACCUGCUCUGCUGAGAGACCUGCACUGCUCUGUUGAGGGACCUGCUAUGUUGAGGGACCUGCUCUGUUGAGGGACCUGCUCUUUUGAGGGACCUGCUCUGCUGAGGGACCUGCUCUGCUGAGAGACCUGCUCUGCUGAGGGACCUGCUCUGCUCUGCUGAGGAACCUGCUCUGCUGAGGGACCUGCUCAUUCUCCAGGACUAUGGCACCACAUGUGGUACAUGGAGUCUCUCUUUCACAGCCCUGGUGUCUUCCUCUCCUUUUGCUCCUUCUCUCCCAGUAUUCCCUGACGGACGCAGGGUUCAACCUGGAUACUAGCAUGACUCUGAUCAAGGAGGGGGAGAAAGGGAGCUUUUUUGGAUUUUCUGUAGCACUUCACCAGCAACUCACCCCAGAACCACACAGUUGGAUACUGGUGGGGGCUCCCCGGGACAGAGGACUGGGCCUCAUGCGGAGACAGCGUACUGGUGCCCUGUACCGCUGUCCAAUCACCGGCGAGGAGUUUGACUGCGAGCGCGUGGACAUUGAUGGAGAUGUAAACCUCGACAGGGAGAGCAAGGACAACCAGUGGCUAGGAGUGACAGUCAAGAGCCAGGGGAUUGGAGGAAAGGUGGUGACCUGUGCCCACCUGUAUGAGCUGCGUCAGCGUGUGGGCCUGCCGUCUGAGACACGGGACCCUAUCGGGCGUUGCUAUGUCCUGAGUGAGGACCUGACAGAGAGGGACGACUUGGACGGAGGGGAGUGGAAGUUCUGCGAGGGGCGACCUCAGGGACACGAACAGUUUGGCUUCUGUCAGCAGGGCCUGUCUGCCGCCUUCACACCAGACAACAACUUCAUCAUGUUCGGUGCUCCAGGAACAUACAACUGGAAAGGAGAGAUGCGUGUCCAGCUGCUAAACCAGACACUGUUGGAUCUUGGUUUCUAUGACGACGGGCCUUAUGAGGUGGCGGAUGAGAAACAGCUGAAUGCUCAGCUGAUCCCAGUUCCCUACCAUAGUUACCUGGGUUUCUCGGUGGACUCUGCUAACGACAUAACGAGCCGUGGGGAGCUGACCUUCGUGGCGGGGGCUCCGCGAGCCAAUCACACGGGAGCGGUGGUGCUACUGCGUAAAGACAACGUGUACCGCCUGGUGCCACAGCACAUCCUGUGGGGAGAGGAGCUGGGUUCUUCCUUCGGGUACUCUGUGGCCACGGCUGAUCUCAACAGUGACGGCUGGACAGACCUGAUAGUGGGAGCUCCCAACUAUUUUGACAGGAAGACAGAGAUCGGAGGUGCUGUGUACAUCUUCCUCAACCGAUUCGGUAACUGGGAGUACGCUCAGCCAAUCAGGCUCAACGGAACUCAUGACUCCAUGUUUGGACUGACCGUCAACAAUGUGGGAGACCUGGACCUGGACGGAUAUGACGACAUCGCUGUGGGGGCUCCGUUUGAUGGAGAUGGGAAAGUGUUCAUCUACCGAGGCUCGUCCUCGGGCAUCGACACCAAGCCUGCACAGAUCCUGGAAGGGGUGAACGAGGGGGUGAAACGGUUUGGCUACUCCAUCUCAGGCGGCCUAGACAUCGAUGGGAACCUGUACCCUGACCUGGCAGUAGGCUCUCUCGGCGAUAAGAUGGUUCUGUACAGGUCUCGCCCGGUCAUUCACGUGACGCGGGAUGUAUCCAUCGAACCUCAGCACUAUAUUGACUUGGAGCAACACAACUGCAAGGGGAGAGAUGGAGUGUGUGUGGAGGUCAAAGUGUGCUUCACCUAUACUGCAUAUCCAGAGUCAUACUCACCAAACAUCACCCUGGUUCUACUCUUCGAGGCUGACACCGAGCGCAGGAAGCUGGGCCUGCCCCACCGUGUUAGCUUCCUGGGUCGGAGUGCACAGGACGUGGAGUACACACACACUGAUGAGGUGGAGCUGAAGGGUCAACGCCAUCCCGCCUGCCGGAGCGCCACCUUCCAACUACACGAGAAUAUCCGUGACAAGCUGCGUCCCAUCGCCCUGGCCAUCACCCACACCAUCAGACCCCCCAUGUUGUCCUCAGACACUAAUCCAGAGGAACAACUGCCUCCCGUACUGGGUGUUGCCACCUCCAACACCCUGCACUCUGAGGUGAAUUUCCUGAGGAAAGGCUGUGGUGAUGAUAAUAUCUGUCAGAGCAACCUGAAGUUGACCUACCAGUUUGGAACCCGACCUGUAACCUCUGACCUCUUCACCCCUCUGCCAAAAGAUGAUGAGGAGGUGUCCGUUUUCUCUCUGUCUGACCAGAGGUCCGUGGUGUUGGAGGUGACCGUCACCAACAUGCCCUCUGAACCUCUGUACCCUGAGAAGGACGGUGACGAUGCCCAUGCCGCCCAGCUACUGGUGACCCUGCCAGACACCCUGUCCUACUCUGGCUUCAGGGGACAACAGGUGGUGUGUCAGGCCAAUCAGAAUGGCUCUCAGGCAGAGUGUGAGCUGGGAAACCCCCUGAAGAGAGAUUCUAUCCUGAAGUUCUACAUCAUCCUCGGCACCUCUGCUAUCACCAUAGAGACCACGGAACUCACUGUCAACCUCCUGCUGGCUACUAUCAGUGAGCAGCCAGACCUGGCCCCAGUCACAGCUGUGGCUAAAGUCGUCAUAGAGCUCCCUCUGGCUGUCAGCGGGGUGGCCCGGCCACACCAGCUGUUCUUCAGUGGGGCUGUGAAGGGGGAGAGCGCUAUGGAGACUCUGGACGACGUGGGCAGCGCUCUGGAGUUUGAGUUUACGGUGACCAACACUGGGCCGUCCCUGCAGACUCUAGGCUCUGCCUUCCUCAACAUAAUGUGGCCUCAUGAGCUGUCCAAUGGGAAGUGGCUCCUGUACCCCACCGCGUUUCACUUCAAGGGCCAUCCAGAAACCCACUGUAGACCCCACACCUCCCUCAACCCACGGAAGUUCUCCCACAGCUCUCCUUCUGAAGACCAGCCACAGGCUACAUUCAGGAGGAAGGGGCGAUCCCACCCGGAAGAGGAGGGGCAUGUGAUGACCAAGGGCAGUCUGGGUAGGACCACGCCCGCUGUGGCUGCCUCCGAGAGACGGAAGUCACUCAAACUGGACUGUCUGCUGGGUUCAGCGCGCUGCGUCCUUUUCCAGUGUCCUCUCCUCAGCUUCUCUGGCUCUGCUGUCCUCAAGAUCCAGGGACGUUUGUGGAACAGCACCUUCCUGGAGGAGUUCCCAUCAGUCAGUGCUCUGGAGCUGCUGGUAAGAGCCAACAUCACAGUCAAGUCGAGCAUCAAACACCUGGUGCUGAGGGAUGCUGCCGCACAGAUCCCAGUGAUGAUUUACCCAGAGGUUGGUCUGACUGACCAGUACUGGAUCCCCUGGUGGUGGAUUCUCAUAGCCAUCCUGGCUGGUAUCCUGGUGUUGUCCCUGAUGGUCUGCAUCCUCUGGAAGUGUGGUUUCUUCCGUCGGGUCCAGUAUGAAGACCAAGUGCCUCAGUACCAUGCGGUGAAGAUUCCCCACCAGGACCUGCCCCAGUUCCAUGAGAGCCAGAAGGCAGGGGUCCUCCACAAGAAAGAGUGGACUACACACUGGAGCGACGGAACCUCCUGAUCGACAGCAACAACAACAACAACAACAACAACAAGGAAUUGAAUAAUAACAACCCCCCCCCCCCCCCCCCCCCCCGAUUCAACCCACAUGGCACUCACUAACUCUGCGGUGUAAUAAAUGUGUGCACACAGACUGGCCGUGUACAUUUGGGGCUACGUCCUCAUUCUUCACCCUUCUUCUGAAGUGGACUUAUUAAUGCUGACUACUCUCUCCUGCAUAUAUAUAUGGACAGUGAUGCUAACUUUCUACAUCGUCUCUAUAGUUCAGCAUUUUGGAUUUGAGAUCAAAUGUUCCGUAUGAGGUGAUAAUGUCAUCUUUCACUUGAGGGUAUUAUUUAUACAUAUCUGAUUUGCCAUUUAGAAAUGAAAGCACUUUAUAGAUCUAGUCCCCCUCAUUUGAAGAUGCCAUAAGUUUUUGGACAAAUUUCACUUAUAGCGUCAAAUGUAGUAUUUGGUCCAUUAUUCCUAGCACACAAUGACGACAUCAAGCUUGUGACGAUCCAAACAUGUUGGAUGUGUUAGAUGGUUCUAAAUACUUCUACAUGAAUGUGAAUGCUAACAUGAUUAUGGAUAAUCAUGAAAGACGAUGAGUGAGAAAGUUACAGAGGGUCAAAGAUCUUGCCCCCAAGACGUGCUAACCUCCAUUGUUAUUGGUAAUUGGUAAUGUUAUUAUUGGUAAUGUUGAGAGGUUAGCAUGCUAACCUCCAUUGUUAUUGGUAAUGUUGAGAGGUUAGCAUGCUAACCUCCCUUGUUAUUGGUAAUGUUGAGAGGUCAGUAUGCUAACCUCCCUUGUUAUUGGUAAUGUUGAGAGGUUAGCAUGCUAACCUCCCUUGUUAUUGGUAAUGUUGAGAGGUUAGCAUGGGAACCCCCCUUGUUAUUGGUAAUGUUGAGAGGUUAGCAUGCUAACCUCCCUUGUUAUUGGUAAUGUUGACAGGUUAACAUGCUUUGCUGUAGCAAACUUUUUAACUUUUCUCACUCAUCAUUAUCCACAAUUCAUUCAUGAUUUUUCUUAAUCAUGGCAUUAUCAGGAUUGAUAUAGAACUGUUCACAAACAUCUUAUUUACUCACUUAGAUGGAAUAUCACUCUAAUCACCAUUCAGUUCCUAUUGGGCAAAACCCAAAACCCAACCAAAACAAACUAUGACUGCAUCCAAGAAGUGUAUAGCUUGACGUACUCGUUGCAUGCUAGAAAUAUGGGAGCAAAUACUCAACUUUUGACUACUUUAGUACACUAUAAGUACACAUUUGUCCAAAUACUUAAAUCAGAUAUGAAAAUACCCUGGAUUAAAAGGUGACAUUCUGUCUGUCACCUCAUAUGGGGGAGGGUAGCCUAGUGGUUGGGGCGUUGGACUAGUAAACGGAAGGUUGCAAGUUCAAGCCCCCGAGCUGACAAGGUACAAAUCUGUCGUUCUGCCCUUGAACAGGCAGUUAACCCACUGUUCCCAGGCCGUCAUUGAAAAUAAGAAUAUGUUCUUAACUGACUUGCCUAGUUAAAUAAAGGUAAAAAAAUCAAAUAAAUAUGAACAAUUGAUCUGAAAUGAAGUAUAGACCCACAUGUAAAAAUGUUGCAUCACUGUCCAAAGACAUACACUACAUAGUGUACAUCAAUAUGGCAUGAAAGUCCCGCCUACUUCCUGGAUCAUGUCCCACACGGUUUUGAAAGUGCCGUCAAAAUAUCAUCAAAUUCAUGAAAACAUGUCAACAUGUUUCUGCACAAUGCAGAAAACGCUCCGCCAUUUCCUGGUUGCUAAAAUUCUAAUAGUUCGCCAGCUUUUCACACUUGGCAUUCUCUCAACCAGCUUCACCUGGAAUGCUUUUCCAACAGUCUUGAAGGAAUUCCCACAUAUGCUGAGCACUUGUUGCUGCUUUUCCUUCACUCUGCGGUCCCAAACCAACUAAAUUCCAAACUAUCACUCUCUUCCCAAACCAACUAAAUUGGGUUUGAGGUCGGGUGAUUGUGGAGGCCAGGUCAUCUGAUGCAGCACUACAUCACUCUCCUUUUUGAUCAAAUAGCCCUUACACAGCCUGGAGAUGUGUUGGGUCAUUUUUCUGUUGAAAAACAAA